AUUUCUUAACGAAAAAAAAAUAAUUGUUGCCAUUUUCUAUGAUUUCAAAAAAGCCUUUGACACCCUCCAGCACGAGACUCUUCUGAAGGCAAUGGAGGAGUGUGGGGUGAGAGGACCACUUAACAGCUGGUUCCGUGAUUAUCUCACAGCGCGCACCUACCGAGUUAGAGUGGGAGAAUCUCUUAGCGAACCGGCAACAGAUGUGCUGUGUGGUUUACCGCAAGGAUCGGGCUGUGGACCUGUUGGGUAUCUUAUGCACGUCAACAGCUUAUGCCGGGUACUACGGCAUGCCACAGCGUACAUGUUUGCGGAUGACCUAUGCACCAUUCACGCCAGUGGCGAUAUAGCCGAGAUCUCGCGUCUCGUGCAGGAGGAUGUAGACAACAUUGUAAAAUGGUCUCAUGACAAUGGCAUCAUACUUAAUAUAGAAAAAACCAAAAUGUUAAUAAUAAAAUCACCCUAUUGUAGUGUACCGGACAUACACUGUAGUAUAAUCACUCAUAGUUACGAUUGUUUGCACAAACAAUGCAAUUGUAUCUGUAAACCUAUAGAAAGAGUAAAUUGUGUAACUUACCUUGGUAUGCAAAUAGACGAAAAUUUUAAUUGGAGAUAUCAUAUAGAAAAACUUUGUGAUAAAAUGCGAGUUAUGUUGUGUAAAUUCUAUAAUUUGCAAUUUAAAGUACCACAAAAAGUGUUAAGGUGUUUGUAUAUGGCUCUAAUAGAUUCUAUGAUCGGCUAUGGUCUUGAAUGUUAUGGUUUAACCUUUAAAACGUAUAUAGAAAAAAUUGAAAUAAUACAAAUAAGAUUUUUAAAAUUAAUUGUAGGGGAAAAACUAAAAAUAAGAUUUAAAGACAACUACAAAGAAUUAUUUAAAAUUUGUAACGUUCUACCUGCAUCAGAAAAACAUAAAUACUUAUUAGCUACUGUUUUACUCGAGGCCAAGAAAUCAAACAACACCAAAUUGGAUAGUAAACAAAGAUAUAUUCGGUAA